CUUCAAGGGAUCAGCGAAACAUUUCUACUCGUGGGCCUGAAUCCAAAUUACCCUGAGUCACUCCUUGGUAGGUACGUAUGCGCGGUGACUACAUCUUCCUGUCCUGUAUAUAUUCCCUAUUCUUCUUCAAGCAGUCAUUCUGGUUUCUGGUCUUCAACUCAUUCAUUCAUUCGGUCGUUCCUUGAUUUCAUUCGGUCGCUCGCUUGACUAGUCACUCUUUUGAAUUCUUCAAAAUGCUUUCCACACUCCUUUCCCCAGCCUUGUGGGUAGGCUUGACCACUCUGAUCUCUUCCGCCGCUGCUCAGCCCUAUGAUGCAGUCGAACCAGUAGACCACUCUGGCGCCUUGGUGUGGGCUGAUUGGACUGGUAAGAGCAGAAGACAAGCUCCUACCACAACCACGAUGGAAGAAAGCACCUCAACUUCCACUUCCACUUCCUCUGCAAGUACUACUACAAGCUCUUCCACCAUCGACUUCCUGCCUACAACUACCCUGUCUGGUACCACUAUGAUGCCAACAACCACCAGCAGCCCUGCUACUUGCCCCUGGGCCGGCCAAAUCACUCAGAGCAACCAAUUUGCUUGCGUCACUUAUGAGUACAUCUGUGGUCGUACAUAUGCGGAUGGCGACAGUUUCCGCGAUGCGGUCUCAACAAAGGCAAAUCCCAAGAAGUGUUCCAAUCGUUGCGAUACUUUGAACGUCAACUAUGGUCCCGGAACCUGCGUCGGUAUUGUCUAUGAUACUACGAAGGAUACGAAUAACUGCAGAAUUCUCUCAAGCCUGACCGGGCCCAUGGACAAUCCCGAGUAUGUUGCCAUGAUCCGUCACUACGAUCCGAACUGUGGAAAAGGCGUGCCAAGCAGUACUUUGAGCACCGAUACCACUACAACUGCAACUGAGACGACGACUACUGCCAUGGCAACGACUACCGCAGAGACUACAACUACCACCACCGAGACAACGUCAAUUGCCGAUGGGACCACAACUGCUGAGACUACAAGCUCCAGCACCGAGACCUCAUCGACUGUGGCUGACACUACGACAAGCAGUGCUGAAGCUACUACAACCACUGCCGAGACCUCGACAACGUCAGAGACGUCCACAACGGUCGCCGACACUACGACAAUGACUACUGAGACUUCAAGCUGGACUAGGACCAGGUCGAGGUCCAGGUCUGGAAGAAUGACAACGACGACUACUGUGAUUGUCGAUGCUGUCACCACGGCAGGCGCCACUUCAACAUCGACUUCCAGCAUUUCGACUACUCCCAUCGCAACCACCAGCUCACGCGGCAGUUGGUCUUCACAUUCACAUUCAUAUAACACGGCUUCUACUUCCCACAGGACAAGGUCGCAGUGGUCGACUGGCUCGUCAUCGACAAAGCCCGCCAGUGAAACCACUACGUCAUCCACUUCCAGCAGCUCUACGGCUACUACUUUCACGAAUGAUGACACGGUGACUAGCUCGACCACUUACUAUGAUCCUAGCACCACCAGUGUCAGCUUUAUCACCUCUUCCACCACUGAGCCCACCACCACUGAAUCGACCACAACUUCCGAUGGAAGCACGACGUCAGCCACCAGUGCACCCACAACCACCAACAGCUGCCCCGCAAACACUGUCACAAUCACGUCCGGUCCAUCAACCACGACAGCCGUCGUCACUAUCACAGAAUACAAAAAGACCGUAGAGACCAUCACUAAAACCAAGAUAUCGAAGACUGUGGAAACUGUUACCCAAACGAAGGUGGUCCGGGCGACGAUUACGGCCACUACCACUGCUACUGUCACCGACACUAACCCCGCUGCACCUAAUCGUCACCGAUGGUUCUGGCAUUAAUUGCUGACGAUCGGCACGGCAAAGGGAUGAUGGGAUUCGGGUGAUCUAGGUCGGGCAUAAUUUCUUGCACGAUCGAGGGAUUUUCAAAAUGAAGUGUUUUUGCGAGAUUUGGGUUACGUGGCAACGGGUAUUGCGCCAUUGAUUUUCUAGACUGACUUUCAACACGUUGCUUCUCAUUUGAAUCUACUUUGCU